AUAAAUAAAUAAAAUUUCAUAUAAUUUAUUAACCAAAUAAAUUCCAAACAAGCUUAAGAAAAUCUUUGUUAGUUUGGAUGAACACUCAAACGCUAGAGAAACGUAAUAGAAAUAAGAAUCACAGAAUUGAAUUUCUUGAAUCCAUAAGCGAAGCUGCCUUUGUCUUUCCUUUCAACAUUCAUUCGCUGGGGAUUGAACAGAGAAUCUCCCAUUCUGCUUCUGCCUUCACAGCAGAAGACACGUAGAGAUUGAAUCCAGUCGUCCCUUCUCUCUUGCAUCCGCUGGAAGAAAACCAAUUUCUUCAAUUCAUUGACGGAAUUUGCACGCACAAGCUUCUAUAUAUUAAAUGAUGAAAUCUAUUAAUAUGGCACCCUUUUGAUUGCUAGAAGAAGAAGAGAUAUGUGAAGAAGGAAGAAGUGAAGCACUGCUUCACCUUCUUCUUCUCUUGUUAGAAUUCAUGGCUUUCUCUUCUCAGCAUCGCUGCGUUUUUGUUGGGAAUAUACCAUAUGAUGCUACUGAGGAACAGCUUAUGGAUAUCUGCAGAGAGGUUGGGCCUGUAGUGUCUUUCAGGUUAGUCAUUGAUAGAGAAACCGGAAAACCAAAGGGUUAUGGCUUCUGUGAAUAUAAGGAUGAAGAAACAGCUCUGAGUGCUCGUCGUAAUCUUCAGGGUUAUCAGAUCAAUGGCAGGCAAUUACGGGUUGAUUUUGCUGAAAAUGACAAAAAUGCUGACCGAAAUCGAGAGCAGGGUCGUGGGGGACCUGGACUGGCUGCGAGUGUUGACCCUCAGAAACAAGUAGGGGGCCCAGCAAUCCUCGGGGAAUCUGCACAGCAUCAGCCAAUUGGUCUCCAUAUAGCCAUAACUGCUGCAACUGUCAUGGCAGGAGCUUUAGGUGGUGCUCAGACAGGCAUGCUGGCCAAUCAAAAUGGUUUGCAGAGUCAGUCAGCAUUAGCCAGUGAUCCUUUAACUCUUCAUUUGGCCAAAAUGUCAAGGAGUCAAUUGAAUGAUAUCAUGUCGGAGCUGAAGGUCAUGGCAACGCAAAACAGGGAACUAGCUCGCCAGCUACUGCUUGCGAGACCACAGUUGCCAAAAGCUCUUUUUCAGGCACAGAUAAUGCUGGGAAUGGUGACCCCCCAAGUGUUGCAGACGCCAAAUAUUCGGCAGCCUCCAGGUCAAUCUGCACUUCAUUCCUUACAAAACACUCAGCAGGGUAAGCAGUCAGCAAUUCAAACUCUUACUGGGUUACCCCCCCUUGCACAGAGAACACACUCUGGCUUGGUGUCCAAACUGCAAGAGGGCCAAUUCUCUGCUAUGCCUCAAAACUCUUUGCUACAAAACCAAUUUUCUGCACUCCCACAAUCCAUGCAGCCUCGAACUCUGAUUCCACAACAUGCCAAUAGCAAUGUUCCUCAACAAGCCACAUUACCAGGCCAGUCUGGAGUUCCACCACUUCCUCCUGUACACCUCUCUGUUAGACCACAAAUUCAGGUGGCAAGUUUCUCUUCUUUAAACCAACAAGUACCACCUUCAUUGCUACAACACUCUGGACAACAGGUUGGAACUGCAAAUUUUGGGCAUACCUCUCAGUUGGUUCUUUCAAAUGCAUCAAUACAAUCAUCUGUUGUAUCUCGUCCUUCCCCAUCCAAUGCUGCAUUCCAGGCUGGCCCCCCAAUAUCAUCAGACAUUUCAGAUGCAGUUGGAAAUGGUACUGAUAGAUCUAUCCAUGCUCCUGAUGAUAUAGCUCUGGUCUGCAGAAGUAAUGCUUAUUUGAACACACAAAUAAAUGUGGUUAACGAUUCUAAAGAACCAAUUAAUCACCCUUCAAAGCUGCUAAAAUUGAAUGAUGGAAGGAGCAUGUCUAUCUCAUCGGGGGCUUUGUGUGUGCCCAAUUCCACUGUAUCUGGACCAUCCCAAGCUUUUACAGUCAGUUCAGUGCCUUCAAAUCCACUUCCUAAUCCAGAAGAGCUGCAACAAUCUGAAAAACAAGUUUCUCAAUCUCAGCUUCAUCCAGAUGUGGAGUCUGCAUUAUUGCAGCAAGUGCUGAACCUCACACCAGAGCAGUUGAAUUUAUUGCCACCAGAACAGCGACAAGAAGUUAUUCAGCUCCAACAAGCACUUAGGAGAGAUCAGACACAACCAUCAUAGCAGGCACGGGGUAACACAGAAACUCUCUGAUGCAUUCGUUGUUCAUCAUUGCAGGAUCCUUCCUUGGUGGAAGAAAAAUGCAUGCUAUUGAUUCAUCUAAUCCUCAAAGCGUGUAAAAUGAUAGUUCACAUGAUGUCCAGUUCUAAAAUGUGAAAUGCACAAGCAUUAUACCAUCCAUGUAACAUUGAUUAGCUUGUGAUUAGCAUACCUGAAAGAAUAAUUUAUUAGAAAAGAAAAGAAAUUUUGCAGCAUUUUUUU